GUUGCGGUGAGUGUUCGGAUUGUCAUAGAGGAUUUGGGCCUCCUUGACCAUGCGAGUAUUCAUCUUGUCGAGAUGAGCCGGAUCAAUGGCAUUCACAAUGGCACAAGCCCCAUCUCGGUGUAGAGCCUCGAUAGCUUUUUGAAGAUUGUGUGAAGAGAUUUGUUUGCUCUUCAACUCUUCUGCCGAGAGGGUGAUCUGCACCAAUUGAGGUGGUUGAGGCGUUGCAAUCAUGAUGAAUUUUAUGCCGGUUAUCUUGCCCUUCGGACUUGGUAAUAAGGAUGUUCCUCCGACGAGGCAACACUGUCGGCGCCACUAUUAUAUAUGAUGCCACCAAGACUUCGCAUUUGCGCAGAGCACUGACUUUGCGCAAUGGGAAUGCCACGACAUUACAGAGUCAACGAGAGACCACUUGUUUCUCCAGGUUUGGACUGCUAUUUGAACCCGAAUGGGCUAGUCACAUCAUCUGACUUGUCAUGGCCGUCUAUCUCCGCAAUGCAAGCAAUGAAGGAUAUCUUUGACUGUUAUUAUUCCCAGAUCCGGUUUGGUACGGACAGUCCUGGACCCCUUAAGAGCUCCAUAAUGGCGGCACCAAGAAUCGGUCGACACGAGUACUCAAAGCUUGAGCAGCAACCUUGAUUUUCCCUCUCUAUUCGAUUUGAUAACCACUUCUAAGCACACGACCAUUGAUAUGCUAAACGUGGGGGAGAGGUAUGAAGCGAUAACAACGCGGCCGGCGGACCGAUCGCCUGGCGAAUGUCCCUCCCAUAUAGCUCCAGAUAUUACCAAACAGGAGCAGCGACUGGUCAGCAAGGCCUGGUCUAGCCACAAGUCGCAGAGGCAAACUCUCGAUGGCCGCUCAGAAUGGUGCAGCUUGAUGAAUGCCAAUGCCACUUGCGCGCCGACUGCUAGAUUACCCCAAAAGGACAUAGCAUGAGCCCAGUCCAGGCGCUGGUAUGCUGUCACUCGAGAUAAGGCAUGGCUAUAAGACCUAGGGUCGGUCGUCUGGAAGACCAAUCUUGCGGUAUCGAGCAACCUCAUCCUCAACCUUUGGCAUCUAAGCUUAAAGGACAAAAUCCCAUAGCUUGUCCCUCGUUCAAUCAAACAUGGCAACAGACCUGAAAAAGCCCAAGGGACUGGCUCAGACCGACCUCGACCUCGGGUCCGUGACUGCGGCAGACGUACAUGUCCUCAACGAAGCUGAGAAGUCUCUCGCUCACACCAGAUUCGAGCACAGUCUUGGAUUCUGGCAAGCUUGUCGACUCUACCGGCCCGCUCUCCUAUGGUCCUUCUUUGUCAAUCUCUCAGUGAUCCUGUGCGGCUUCGAUGGCGCCCUCAUCGGAAGUCUGGCUGGGUUGUCACCUUUCACAAGAACGUACGGGAAACUGGUGAACGGAGAUUACCAUGUCGCGCCCGCAUGGUUGUCUGCAUUCAACUACGCUUCCAUGGUGGGAUCAAUUCCCGGUUCUCUUUUCGCCGGUAUGGCGUACGACAAGUUCGGUCCUCGAAUUUCUCUAGCGGCCGCCUCAACGGGCUCCAUUGCCUUCAUUUUUCUCCAAUUCUUCAGCCAAGGUCCGGCUUUGCUCUUCGUCGGCGAGUUGUUGAAUGGACUGGUCCUCGGCGCCUACCCUGUUCUGGCCAACGCAUACAUUGGCGAAGUCGCCCCUGUGGCCGCUCGCGGUGUCAUUGCCGCAUUGCUCAACAUUUCGUAUGUGAUUGGACAGCUUCUGGCUUCGGGCAUGCUCAAGGGCACGAGUACCAUUGAUGACAAGUGGUCUUACAAGAUCCCAUUCGCCACGCAAUGGAUUCUACCUGUCUUUGUUCUGGCGAUGGUCUUCUUCCUCCCCACACCAGCGUAUUGGCUCUGCAAGAAUGGCCGUGACGAAGAGGCCAAAAAAUCCUUACAGAGUCUCACGACCGGUGGAGUCGACAUCGACUGUCAGCUCGCCAACAUCAAGGAAACUCUGCGCCUCGAGGAGAGUAGUGAAGAGAAGAUCGGCAUCUGGCAAUGCUUCCGAGGUUCGAACCUCCGCCGCACCAUGAUCUCCUGCCAGGUGUUCAACAUUCAAGCACUUUGUGGUAACAUCUUGUUCAUCAACUAUGCGGUUUACUUCUUCGAGAUCGCAGGACUCAACGCCUCCAAUGCAUUUUCCAUGAACAUCGGCCUGACUUGCAUGGGCUUCGUUGGCACUCUGGCGUCGUACGUCAUCAUCUCGUAUGCUGGUCGUCGUACUAUAUACAUCUGGGGAACCGCGGCUAUUGGAGCCAUGUGCUUUAUCAUCGGCAUUCUCGGCGCCGUCCCUCACACCAACUCCGGUCCUGUUUGGGGCAUGUGCUCGUUGAUGGUCAUUACGAACCUUUUAUACGAUCUGUCCGUGGGGCCGCUUUGCUUCACGGUCAUGUCUGAAGCAUCAGCAGUCAAGCUCCGUGGUACGACUAUUGCCUUGUCCAAUAUCACCGUGACGAUCUUCUCAGUCAUCUUCGCCGUGGCCAUUCCAUAUGCGCUCGACACGAAUGGUGCUAACUGGGGUGGUAAGUUGGGGUUCCUGUUCGCGGGAAUUGGCGUGUUCAAUGUCGCCUGGUGUUACUUUUGCUUGCCUGAGACGAAGGGGAGGACUUUCGAAGAGUUGGAUUUGAUGUUCCAAUUGAAGGUUCCAACUCGUCGCUUCAAGACUUACCAGAUUGAAGGAAUACAUGUCGCUGGGGAGGAACUUGGCGUGGGUAAGGCUGUUAAUUGAGCAGCUUUGAGAGGAGACGGAGAAGACUAGAGCGCGGCUCCGGGCAAUGAGGGAGUCGACUUGCCAUUAUUUCAGUUAGCUGUUGAUUUCUUGUCGGACUUGUGCUGUUGACAGAGAACAAGUGACCAAUCUUCAUAUUGCU